AUCUUUCAGAACCAUGACAGCUGCAAAUCAUGAAGUCACGAACUUCGAGAAACACUCAAUCAAAGCAUUACAGUUGUCAUUUUUAUCCAUCAUUAACUCAUUGUGUACCAACUACUGUGUUGCCCAUGUUGCGGAUAUCCCUGGCAUUGACCCGUCACUCUUGUAGGCGAUCAUAAUUGCCAUCCUUGAAUCUAUGUUUUAGCUCCAGAGGAGAAGAGUCUUCAUGGCAAACUCUUUGUUACUAGGAAUUUGAGCCUGAUAGACUGCGGAAUGGCUCCUUCGACACCAACACCACAUCGCUUUCUGGUCCCAAAGCGGUCCGCCAGGCCAAGGAGUGAGACACCGAAACCUCUUCAAGCUGGAUCGCAGCAGUUUCAAGCCACACCUCGAUUCUCUCUUCAUUCUACGCCGCGCGCAACGGGCCCGGUGCAGUCGUCAUCAACACCAGCUCCUCCAACUGCCUUUCAGCGUCAACGCAAUAUUGACAGCAUCAGUGAUGACCUUGGCAGCUCUCCACCUUCCCCAAGGCAUUCUCAUGGCUUAAACGACUCAAUAGAGUUUGAUUCCGUACCUGUGUCAUCCCAAAUCGAAUUUCCCGUUGAGAAUAGUGACGAUGAGGAGCCAGAUGCUCCGUCACCGAAGAGGCGUCGCUUAUCCGUCCUCGAUGAUCCAGAUAGAGAGGUGUCAUUGUCGCCAGUCCAAAGGCUCAUAAAAAGUGACCAACGUGAAUUAGAGUUGACCCAUGCGGCCGAAGUCGACCCAACCGAGCUAGCGCAGCUUCAGUCAGCCCAGCAGCCGACUUUCCGGAAAGCACCGCGCUUCAAGCAAGUCGAGUUGGCCGCGGAGCAACAGCAUGAACCCCUUCCAGACGCAUUUUCACCUCACAGAAGAGGCGCCAAAUACGUACCCGGUGGUCUUGCGGCCGAGUUACGAGAUUGGCUCAUGGACAUUGAGGCUACUACUGGGUCCAAGCGGGAUGGCGAGUGGCUUGCGAAAAUACUCGUCAGCGAGGCACGGACUAGUCCUGGCAUGAUCCUAGCUAGAGGCAAACGUGUACAUGAUGAUGAAGAUCAAGGGCCAGCAGAAGAUCCCGGCACCUUGAACAUUAUCCUUGCUGGAGAGGGCCGUCUAAUUGGCUUGGCUAGAAGGAAUGAAGUCGCUCCCGGCUCAGUAAUCGGCAUCGCAAAACCAGUUUGGGAGGUGGACAUUCAAAUGGAGGGCCGAUGGGCAGUCGCUUGUGACUGGGUAGUACUCUAAGACGAGUGUAUGUUUCAGCACCGUCGGUGAAACCAGUUUGACACCUCGGCGGUCCAGCUCAGCCUGCCUCCUAAGAUGUCCGACGGAGAUAACAGUCAAAUUAUAUUGCCACACUACGAGUUCUGCGUUUUGUGGUCUACAUCGAUCUUCAGCAACACUCUUGAUCAUGGCAAACGACGAAGCCACUACACGGCAAAGUGAAUCGUCGAGAUAAAAAUGUCAUUGGUGGCAGUGCCGACAAAACGGCUAGCCUGAUUUCGAACUCGGGACUCCGGUUGUCUCAUAAGGUACCCCAUGCCUUGGAUUUGUUAGCAGCAUCAAUGAACUGAACGUG